AUGGUUAAUAUUUUUAUUUAUUUUAUUUUUAUUUUUAUAACAAGAGUUAAUGGAUUUAUAUUCAAUGAUAAAGAAGGCCUAAUUCUUGUACCAUCAGUUGCUUUUCGAAAUCAUUCAAAAAUAUCUUCAACGAAUUGGAUUUUAUUAAAUCAAGGAUGGUAUUAUGAAGAAGAUUUUCAACAAGCUAGAAUAAUGCAAACAACAUUAGAAAGCAUCGUUGGCAAAGAUUUAGAUGGAAGUCUUAUAAAAUUAUUUACUGCUGAUGGAAAAGAAAAGAAAAAUGUAUGUAUUGAUAAUUUGAAUAAACCUAUUUGUACACUUACCGAUGAUGAAGGUAUAAUUAAAAAUACAUUACAAAUUAGUCAAAAUGAAAUUAAUCGAUUAAUUCAAUAUGAUAAUAAUGGUUCUAGGAUACUUUAUCGACUAUCAGUAUUAAACAAAAAUAUUCAAGCUACUGGUGAAGUUUAUUUAUGUGAUGAUAAUGGUAUAACAUUUAUAAGUGAUAUUGAUGAUACAAUAAAAAUUACAGGUGUUACAUCAUCAAUACAAACAAUUCUGAAUACUUUUUCUGGUAAUUAUAAAUCUGUUUCUGGUAUGUCCGACAUAUAUCGAUAUUGGCAAAACAAAUAUAACGCAACAUUUGCAUAUUUAACAGCAUCACCAGAUCAACUCUAUCCAUGUUUACGUAAAUUUUUUAAUCGUGAAAAAUUUCCAUUAGGUUCAUUUCAUAUGCGUCAUUUUACUUGGCUGGAUAAGAAUUUUAUUUCGUUUUUUAUGUCUAAUAAUUAUAUUAGAACUAAAACAGAAACAAUAUCGAUGUUUAUAAAUAAUACAUCAAAGCAUAGAUUUAUUUUACUUGGUGAUAUAUUUCAAAAAGAUCCUGAGAUAUAUGCAAGUAUUUAUAUGAAAUAUCCUAAUAGAAUAGCAAAGAUCUUUAUUCGAAAAUAUAAAAAUGAUAUCAAUGGUCAACAACGUUUAGAACAAGUGUUUAAUAGUAUAUCCCGAGAAAAAUGGGCUACAUUUGAGAUAGGUAGUGAUUUACCUCAAGAUGCUUUUAUUGCUUAA